GAUGAACUUCAUCCAACCUGGGUUGGACCUAAGUAUUAUCCAUAUUUUAUUAAUUUCUUAACCCCAUAUGUGUGUGUCUAUAUAUAUAUAUAGAGAAAGAACCAUGAGUGAGAAAAACUUACCAAAAACAACGGAUGACAAAGGAAGAGGGCGUUUUUUGACUCUGUUACUUGCUCCCCAGUCCGUUUACCCAUACUUUCACAAAACUCAAAACCCUACAAUGCCGGCCAACUCGCCUUCUUCAGUAAAGAAAAGAAAACGCAGAGUGGUGGAUGAUCACCCAAAGCUUGUCGCUGAUCAAAAAGUUGAAGUAAGGAGUGUUGAAGAGGGGUUUCAGGGGUCCUGGCACUCUGCAACUGUGAUUGCCUGCCAAGGUCAGGCACUUCAAAUCCAAUACGACCAUAUUUUAUGCAAUGAUGGUUCAGAAAAUCUCAUUGAAACAGUUCCUUCUAUAGUUGAUGGGGUAGUCCCUGCCAACAGGACAUCCUCUAACCAUCGUGCCUUGAUAAGGCCAUUGCCACCUCCGCUUCGUUUUGAGAAAUGGUGUCUUCAUUAUGGACAGUGUGUUGAUGUGUAUUACGAGGAGGCUUGGUGGGAAGGUGUGAUUUUAGACCACGAAGAUGGUUGUGAGAACCGGCAGAUUUUCUUUCCAGAUAUUGGUGAUGCAAUGACGUUUAAAAUUGAGAUGUUACGGAUUGCUCAGGAAUGGGAUGAGUAUACCGGAGAUUGGAAGCCUCGUGGGAAUUGGUUAUUACUUGAGGUGCUUGAAGAUAUCCAAAAAGAGUGGCCCCUUCAAGUUUCUGCAAGGCAAAUUUGGUAUGAUAUGCGGGGAAAUAAAGGUUUUAUUAAGCUUAAGGAAUGGACUUCUUUCGCGAGAAAUAUCUGGAAAGAUUUGGUGACUGAAGUUAUUAUUGAUAAUUUAAAUCUAACUCACCAAUUUUUACUUAAACUGGACUCUUCAGAAGACCUGGUAGAGGAAUCCCAGCAGGCAUUGGAAUUAUCUGAACCUGCUUGUGAUGUUAUACCGAAUCCUCAAGCAGAUUUGAGCAACUCUCUUGCUGUUGUACCACUUGAAAAUGAUGGCUCAGUGACCAAUAUGCAGCCUAGUGAUCUACAUAAUGCAAACGUUCCACCUGUUGAAGGUGACAUUGAUCGGAAUGGUUUGGCAUUAAUUAUUGAGGACUGUAGUCUGGAUGUGAAUUCCUUGAUGAACUCAAAAAUGCCCUGCCUUGAAGAAACGUUAUGUUUACCCCCUCCGGGUUUUUCUCUUUUAUCUUUCAAUCAAGAUGAAUAUUCAGGGAUCAGCUCCAAUACCAACAGUGAGGGAUUCUCUAGUACCAGUUCUAAAACACCCAAAAGGAUGCUCACAUCUCCUACGCGAAAAAGCUGUUAUAUGUGGCUACCUGCAGGAGAUGACUUGGUUGCUGGAACUGAAUAUUGCCCAGAUACAGUUGCUGAAUACAAUCUUUUAUCUAAUUCUAAUAUAAGGCCUUCAACUGCUUUAACAUUAAGAGUUAGGAAACAUCUUGCAUAUUUGGGCUGGAAAAUUAAGUUUAGGAGAGAGAAAGGAAUACAGAGACUACGUUACACCUCACCUGAUGGGAAAUGUUACUAUUCACUUGGCAAGCUGUGCCAGGAGUUGAGAGAAUCUUCAUUGGAGGUUGUCUCUCUAAAUUCUCAUGAUGACAAGGGAAUUUCUUUUGCUGCACCCAAUUGUCCUUCCUCAUCUAUGCUUGCCGAACAGCUGUUGUUGAAGGGAGAAUCUAUUGUGCAUUCUACUUCCGAUGUACCUAUUAUUGAAUCUGAUUCUUGCCCUCAAGCAGUAAUGGACUAUUAUUGUUCACUUGCAUUCAAGGAUAAGAAUCAUCACCACAGACUGCGGAAAGGUGCACGUAAAGAGUUGCAAUUCUAUGCAAAGAAGCACCUUGCAUCUGAUGGGUGGUCCGUCUGGUACGUUAGGAAGGGAACCAAAAUGGAAUUGCGGUACAAAUCACCAAGUGGGAGGAUUUACUAUUCUCUUCUAACGGCCUGCAAAGCCUGUAUAGAUGAAAGAGGUUUCUCAGAUUUUGGUGCUUCUACCUGUAGACCAAGGCAAAAUACAAAUGUCAAUGAGGAAACUGAGGCCCAGUUAGCUGGUGAAUCUUCUGCAUUAAUUGAUAUUGAGUUUCGUGGAGAUUUGGUACCACUGAAUGUGUCGUCUGAAAAGUGGUCAAGGGAUUCUUCUGGGAUAUCAUUUUCAAGGAAACUUAGUAAAUUAAAAGCCCGAGGACUUAGAAAACUUCGAAAAAAUAGAGAGAAUAGCAACCUGCAUUUUCCAUCUAACUUGCUUGAAAUGAUCGAUCAAAAUGUUGGCUCUCCAAAGCCGAAGAAAGGAAAGAAAUCUAAGUUUUUGAUCAAAUUAAGAGAUGAUGGUAAUGUUGAUUGUCCAAUUCGUGUGCUGCGAUCUAGAAAAAGAGCCCGGCAGCCGGUGGUUUCUUCCGACAACCCUCGAACUAUAUUGUCUUGGUUAAUAGAUAACAAUGUGGUGUUGCCUAGGGCAAAAGUACAUUACCAUAGCAGAAAUGAUCAUUCUCCCAUGGCAGAAGGGCGAAUAACUCGUCAUGGGAUCAAGUGCAAUUGUUGCCAAAAAGUUCUCUCUCUUAAGAAAUUUGAAGCUCAUGCUGGCAGCACUAAUCACCGACCAUCUGCCAAUAUUUUUUUAGAGGAUGGAAGGUCUUUGUUAGAAUGUCAGAUGCAAUUGAAACGUGAAAAUUGUAAAAAAAGCUUUGUGAUAGAACCUAAUGUGAAAAAGGGUAAGCGGCAUCAGAGCACAAAUGACUACAUAUGUUCCGUUUGUCACGAUGGGGGUGAACUAAUUCUAUGUGAUCAGUGUCCAUCAUCAUUCCAUGCAGAUUGCCUUGGUUUGAAGGAUGUACCAGAUGGAGAUUGGUUCUGCCCAUCAUGCCGUUGUGGAAUUUGUGGCCAAAGCAGAUUCAACAGAGACACUGAACAGUUUCUGGAUAAUAGUGUUCUUAAUUGUGCUCAGUGCGAGCAUCAGUAUCAUGUUGGAUGCUUAAGAAAAAGAGGUCUCAUAAAGCUGGAGAGAUAUUCUGAAGGAAAUUGGUUUUGCAAUAGAAAAUGUGAACAGAUAUUUUUGGGCCUCUGCAAGCUUUUGGGAAAACCAGUUCCAGUGGGUGAAGAUUUAACUUGGACUCUUUUGAAAUACACGAAAUGUGACAGUGAUCAUGAUGCCUCUGACAAUGAGGCCUUGACAGAGACUUACAGCAAGCUCAGUGUUGCUCUCUGUGUGAUGCAUGAGGUUUUUAACCCCAUUAAGGAAUCUCACACAAGGAGAGAUCUCGUUGAAGAUAUCAUCUUCGGUAGAUGGUCAGAACUAAAUCGUUUGAACUUCCGAGGGUUUUAUACAGUCAUUUUGGAGAGAAAUGAUGAAUUGAUUACGGUGGCUACUGUACGGAUUUAUGGAGGAAAGGUGGCAGAAGUACCGCUUGUUGGUACGCGGUUUCAAUAUCGCAGACGUGGAAUGUGCCGAAUCUUGAUGAAUGAGCUUGAAAGGAAGCUCAGGGAAUUAGGAGUGGAAAGGCUAGUUUUGCCCGCUGUUCCUAGUCUGCUACACACUUGGACUACUUCAUUUGGUUUUUCAAAAAUGAUACAAUCUGAGAGAUUUAACUUUCUGGAUUAUACUUUCCUCGAUUUCCAGGGUACCGUCAUGUGUCAGAAACUCAUAAUUAAGCCCCGUUACACAAAACUAAGUGCGCGAAGAGGAACCCAGCAAAAACUUUGUGAUGAUAUCAAUGGAAGUUAUAAUAUUGAUUUGGAUGGGAAUAGUGCUGUUUCUGAAGUAUUUCAAGCAGAUCAAGUUGCGGAGAAUGGAAUUAUGGACCAAGGACUGGCUGAUAUUGCUGGAGGCAAUGGCAGUAAUGGUGGCGCUGCUCCUAUGGUGGUUCUGGUGAGUCAAUCGACUUCUCUCGAGUCCGUACCUUGCCAAAGUGAAAUCAGUUUAGAAUGCUCUGUUGAACAUGCCGUUCACAAGGAAAGCGUCAACAUUCGAAAAGGCCAUUUAAUGUGUUACAAGCGGAGGAGAAGGCUCUCAGCCUGCUAGAGAUGACCCUUUCCCACAUUACUAAUUCCACUAAUGACCAUGUAAAAAUGUGAUUAAUUGGAUGGUGAGAUGAGAAUAGCCAAUUGUGUUUGUGAGCUAUGAGUAUCUAUUGAGUUAGAUGUUUUUUGGACAUGGGAGCUCAAAUUUUGCUUGAUAAAGUGCAGAUUCCUCCUUUGUAAAGCGUAUAGGAGGAGGGGGAGCUGCUGGAUUUUAAGUCUCUAUUUAUCUUUUGUAUAUUCGGGUAGUUGCAGAUACACAAAGCUCCUUUUGGAUUUUCUUUUGUGCACAUAAAAGCAGUUUUUUUUUUUUUUUUUCUAAAUGAGAUUUAUCGAUCUCCAUGCUAUGCCUUUCAGCUUCUUAAUUGGCUUUUGAACUUUGAUGUGAAAUUCAUACAUCUGUAUUCAUGUAUUGUGUGGCUUUUGAAAUAACAAAGUAAAAACAACAUGGAGAGAAACUGUGCCAUGUUGAUUCACUGCUCUA